AUGGCCACCUCUGGACGCCUCGGCUUCACCGUGCGCAGCCUACUGAAUUUACCCGAGCAGGACGCGCAGCCCCGGGCGAGGCUGGAGGCAGAGCCACGCGUCCCACAGGUCGAUCCUUGCGCCGCCUGGCUGCAGUCGGAGCGCAGCCACUACCCCUCUUCGGACGAGAGCAGCCUGGAGACAAGCCCGCCAGACUCGUCGCAGCUGGCGUCUGUUCGGCCCGCGUCUCCCGGCUCGGAUGGCGAGAAGAGGAAGAAGCGGCGGGUUCUGUUUUCCAAAGUGCAGACACUGGAGUUGGAGCGGCGCUUCCGGCAGCAGCGCUACCUGUCGGCACCUGAGCGAGAACAGCUGGCGCGCCUGCUGCGCCUCACGCCCACGCAGGUCAAGAUCUGGUUCCAAAACCAUCGCUACAAGCUGAAGCGCGCGCGCGUGCCGGGGACCGCGGAGUCGCCGGACCCCGCAGCCUCUGCUGAGCUGCGCGCGGCGCAGGGGUUGAUGCGCCGCUUCGUGGUCCCGGUGCUGGUGCACGACGGACCAUCGAAUAGACGCAGCUGUGAAGCAGACACCGCGGUGGCUCAGGACAAAUACAGCGCUUCUCCGAGCGCCGCCUGCCCUCUGCCCGGCUAUACUGCCUUCGGGCCCGCCUCGGCGCUCGGCCUCUUCCCGGCCUACCAGCACUUAGCGCCCCCCGCCCUGGUCUCCUGGAACUGGUGA